AUGUGGAAAGUGGUGCUCCUGGGUUUAUAUACAGUAUUGGCGGUGAGAGGAUUGGCAAAGGGUGCUCCUUUCCAACCAGAAGAAAAAUGGAAACCCCUAGACAACCCUAGAAACAGAGACCUGUUUUUCAGAACGCUCCAGGCUUAUUUUUCGGGCAGGGGUCUUGAUCUCAGAAAGUUCCCAGCUACUUUCGCUAUGAACAAUGAAGGACCAAGGCCUGUCAUGUUCUACUCAGAUCCUAUUGCUUCUGCAUUUGCAGAUUAUGAAGAAAGGAAAAAUUCUUUUCCAAAUUAUUUCAAAGGCUGA